AUGGAAGGUUUUGAAAGCUCAAAAAGGGCAACACCUGUAAAGAAAAAAGAGGCAAAAGCCCAUAUGGUGGGAACUAAGAGCCACCACACUUCUAAUCCUUACACAGUCCAGCCACGACCUCGAUAUCGCCUACCUCAAAACUUUUAUUAUCCUCCCCAAAGCCCUUACUAUCAAGCACCUCCUCCUUACCCCGUCUAUGCCACAGAUAACCAAAGACCAUUUGCCAUGUUCCCACCAAAUACCAUGCCUGCUCAAAACCAACCCAAAAAUGAACAAAGACCGGCAAGAUUCAAUCCUGAAAAACCUCAAUUCACCCAAAUUCCCGUGUUAUACAGAGAGCUGUACCCAAAACUGUUGGAAAAACGAUUAAUAUCCCCACAUUAUAUGGCACCCCUAAAGCCUCCACACCCAAAAUGGUAUGAUCCUAAUGCUAGUUGCAUGUACCACGCCGAAAACCAGUGGCAUUCUACAGAAAAUUGUCUAGCCUUUAAAAGGAGGGUUCAAGGUCUUAUUGAUGCAGGCAUUCUACGAUUUGAUGGUGCGGGUAAUACGGCUAGAAACCUACUCCCUAACCACACUGAAGGGAACGUGAGCGUGAUGAUAAAAGAAGACAGGUGGCAUGCCAAAAGUUGUGUUUCUGAAAUAAAGACACCGAUGCGAAAGAUUUGGGAAGUAAUGGUUGAAAAGUGGUUGUUCUGUCAUCCCAACAGAACUUUCAAAGAAGGAAGGCAUGACAUUCAGUCUUGUGAGGAAUUUAAAAAGUUACUUCAAGACAUGAUGGACAACAAGGAGAUUUGGAUCUUUAACAAAGAGGCUGAUGAGGGAGAAGUAUGCGCUUCUGACAAUAAAUUAUCAAGCAACAAGGCAGUACUGUGGAAAUAUGAUGUCAAUAUUAUUAUACCUGAAGAUGAAAAAUCCAAAGCCACGACCAGAAAAAUUGGCGAAGUAGGACACUUCACCCCCAACGGGAGGUGCUAUUCUAAAGUGGUCGAACCAAUGAAGAAGACUAAUGACUUGAAGCAGAAAGGAAAUGCACCGAUGCAUGAGGCCGAGGUUGAACUUGAGAAUCCGUUCGAACAAGAAGUUAAAAGGCCUGUGAAUGAAGAAGAAGCACGUGAAUUCUUGAAGUUCAUCAAGCAUAGUGAAUAUAACGUCGUGGAACAGUUAAGCAAACAACCGGUACAAAUCUCGAUAUUAUCCCUACUGUUGAAUUCAGAACCAGAUCGGAAUACUUUGCUGAAAGUUGAUGACGAAAUACCCCCAAAUGGUAGGGGCUCCGUAAAGGCAUUACAUAUCACAACCCGUUGCAAGGGUUAUAUAAUACCGAAUGUGCUCAUUGACAACGGGUCUGCACUCAAAGUCAUGCCUUUGGCCACGCUUUCUAGAAUUCCGAUUGAUCUAUCUUAUCUAAGGCCUUGUCACUCUACAGUAAGAGUAUUCGAUGGGAUGAGACGAGAAGCCAUGGGAAAUAUCAAAAUUCCUCUAGAAGUGGGCCUCUACAUAUAUGACAUCGAGUUUCAAGUCAUGGACAUCACACCUUUGUAUAAUUGCCUUUUAGGAAGGCCUUGGAUCCACUCUGCUGGGGUAGUUCCUUCAUCUCUCCAUCAAAAAUUGAAGUUUAUCAUGGAUGGUCUCUUAGUCACUGUUGUGGGUGAGGAAGACAUUGUCGCAUCUAUCUCUGCUUGUAUACCAUACCUUGAAGUAAGCAAGGAUGCAGUAGAAUGUUCCUUCCGUUCCUUUGAAUUCAUCAAUGCUACGUUCGUUGCUAAAGGAAAUAAAAUUCUCAUGCCUAAGCCGUCAAGGAAUACCAAGAUGGGAAUUAAGCUGACUAUGGGAAAGGGAGCCCGAGCGAGGAAAGGUUUGGGAAGAUAUCAGCAAGGGAUAGUGAGAGCUCUAAAACCAGUGCCCCAUAAGGCUCGAUAUGGUUUAGGGUUCGAACCAGAUAUGCGACAAAGAAGAAAACAUUUGCAGAAAGAUCGAGAAAGGAAUGAUAUACCCUGGGCAAGAUAA